AUGUUGGCUUCCAACGCCGUACCUGGGACGCAGCCCAACACUGCUGUUGACCAUGAGGUCACAAUUGCUGCCGAGGAAGCUCGAAGCCUGGCGUCAUCGAGCACGAGUGUCAACAGCUCUGUGAUGGGGUUUAGAGUUGAGAACGGACGAACUUACCAUAGUUACAAGGAGGGAAAGUACAUGGUGCCCAACGACGACAGAGAAGUAGAGAGGCUUGACCUCCAGCACAACAUGUUCAUGCAAACCUUCGACGGCAGGCUGGGUACUGCUCCUCCCAACAGGCCCGAUGCAACGGUUCGAAGGGUUCUUGAUGUUGGCACUGGAAGUGGCAUCUGGGCAAUGGACUUUGGCGAUGACCACCCUGAGACCGAGGUCCGAGGCAUUGAUUUGUCGGCUGUGUUCCCUGAGUUUACGCCGCCGAACGUGAAAUUCGAGAUCGACGACUUGGAAGAGCCGUGGACCUAUUCCCAGCCUUUUGAUUACAUUCAUAGCCGCAUGAUGAACUCAUCGAUCAGCGACUGGAGGAAGUACAUCGAGACAUGCUAUGAUAACCUGACCCCUGGGGGGUACUUGGAGCUCAACGAAAUCGACAUCGUACUGCUCUCUGAUGAUGGUUCUCUCAAGCCAGAACAUUCGAUCUACAAGAUCGGAAGGCUCCUGGAAGAUGCAACUGAAAAGGCUGGCCGUAAAUAUCAGAACAUCAAGGAGCUAAAGCCUAUCCUCAUGGAAACCGGCUUUGAAGACGUGACGAUGCAGCAGUUCAAGUGGCCCACUAACCCCUGGCCAAAGGACCCCAAGUAUAAGACACUUGGAGAGUGGAACAACGAGAACUUGUUCCAAGGCUGGGAAGGUAUCUGCAUGGCGCCUCUCACGAGAGCCCUUGGCUGGACUAGGGAGGAAGUCAUUGUUUUGAUGGCCCAGAACCGCAAGGACUUCAACAACCGCAAUAUCCAUGCGUACUUCUCGAUUUGGUCGAUUUACGGAAGAAAGCCUGAGAAGAAGGAAGACGACAAGGCUUAG